AUGUCAGACGGCAGCAGGACUGUGGACAAAGUGAAGACCCUCCUCAAGCCCUUUAAAGACUCCGAUCUACAGCAGACCAUAAAGUUGUACGACAGCUUGGCAGAGACGUAUGAUCAGGAUUUAGACAUGCUGACCUACAGAGCUCCACAUCUGGCCGUGGACUUCCUGGAUGUUAACUUCCCCGGUGUUCGUGAGAAGGUUCAGAUCCUGGAGGUGGCCUGUGGGUCGGGCUUGGUGGCGAAACUGAUGGCUGAACUGGGCUUCAGGCACUUUGUGGGGGUGGACUGCAGUAAACGCAUGUUGGAUCAGGCUGCAAAGACUGGCCUCUACCAGGACCUCAGACAGGCCUUACUGGGACCCGAGCCGCUGCCUGCACAGACCGGUGUCUUUGAUGUGGUGAUUGGGGUCGGGGCGCUGGAUGCUGGUUUUGCACCGGUCAGUGUUGUCAGGGAUCUCUGCCACACCGCCAGACCAGGAGGGAUGGUGUGCAUGGUGCGGGGCGACCACCGCGGUGCUGCGUCAGAGGGCUACAGGGAGGACCUGCAGAGAGAGCUGCAGCUGAUGGAGGACAAGUGGCUGUGGAGGCCAGCACUCAAGCAGUCCCCCAGAUAA